GGAGCUACGCCCGCAACGUUUCUCCAAAUAGAAAGCGAAAAACCCCGUCUCUCUGACAACAAUCCCUGACAGUUCUCCCAGUCAUAAAUCUCAUAAGUGAUAAUUGUCAAAAUUAUUGUAAAAACGCACUAAAUUAUGAGUUCCGAAGCGACUGAAAACCUUUUUCUGCUCGAGUUUCUCGUCGACAGCCUCGAGUUGGCCCCGCAAUGCGAGUGCGCCAGCCCACCUGGAGAAACCUGCGUCGCCUUCACAUUCCUCGACAACGCACCCCUGGAGAUAUGCGAAGAAGACUUCAGCCCCGCCAUGAGAUACGGCCAGGACAACGCCAGGCUCAAAAGCGGCAAGUCUUGCCUGUUUUCGCUGACCGCAGACCAAGUGGCCGCCCUGUCGGCCGAAUUCGACGUCACUGUAUCGGUCUUGAAGAAGAUGCAGUCCGGGUGGCUCCCUGACAGGAUACAGAUCGGCGCCGCUAUCAUUUCCAUCGCAAACCUCUUCACCGAGAUGAUCCAGAGCGUGCAGGAGUCCACAGCACCCGAAAGUCCAACCUCCAAGACCCUGAAGGACGUCUUCGAGAUCCUGAACACCGAAGGCACCCAAGUUGGCAAGAUAGGGGUCUAUAUACGUAUGUCCUGUUUCGGCAAGUUGAUAGUCACCCAGUUCCAGAUGAACUUCGAUGAUAAGUCUGUGUUGUUCAAGGACAAGGAGGGUAAAUCCUUGUACAGGUAUAAAAAGGCGCCCAAAGGAAAAGAGCAUAAGAUAGACGAUAUGGGAGGCGGUGAAUGCGAUACAGAAUGUCCUUACGCACCUUGCGCUGCCGAUGACCCUUACCCAGCUGACGAAGGCUGCGCACCUCAAUGUCCAGGUCUUCCAAGCACACCUGCAGGUCCACCUUGUCCCUCAAGCAUGAACAAAGAAACCGCCAUAAGCAGAGUUAGCAUAGGUACCAACCCAGACGUUCCUCCUUGUAUAGAAUGCAUGGGAAAGGCUGAUGCUCCCUGUGUCUCCCAGCAAGUGGGCAUGGGGAUGCCACAGAUGAACCUAGGCUUCCCGCCCGGAAUGUCGAUGUCCCCCAUGAUGCCUCCAGGUAUGGGUAUGCCUCCAGGCAUGGGCAUGCCCUUCCCCUCUGCCAUGACACCUUGCAACGAAUGCGGCAUGCUGCCAGACCCACCCUGUAUGCCUGGAAUGAUGGGAGGUAUGCCGGGAGGCAUGCCAGGAGGACUUAUGGGCUGUUCCCAGUCCUGCGAAGGCAUCCAGCACCUCCUGCAGCAGGGAGGGAUGCAACCCGGAGGAGCACCAGGCCCCCCACCAGGUAACUAUCAGGAGAUUGGCGCCACCUUGGGUACCAACCGACUAACCAUCAGGGUCCACAAGAACAGCAAGGUGGAACCGAUGGAAGGAAACCCGGCCAACAUCACCAACAACCCAAAAACUGACAAUAAAGUUUCAGGGGGCGAUUCUUGCACCUGCUGUCCUGGCGCCACCGCCGAAAGACAGAGAAGGAAGGACCAGAUGGGCAACCAGAUGCAGUCGCAGGCUUACAACAUGGGUAUGGGGAUCCCGCAGGGCGACUCCCGAAUCCCGUUCGCCUUCAAGAUGGGCUGCAUGGGUCAAGGUGCCGGUGGAGCCGAUGGUAAGAACGUGAUGGUGCAGCCACCGACGACGAUCGCUGCUGAUGGUACUCAGUUCACCGAAAUCUCGGAUCCGGAUAAGGACCUGUUCAUCCUUAGGAUAGGGAAGAAAUCUGAAGGUAUAGACAAGAAGAACAACUUGGAAUUGGAGCUGUGCACGCCCAGGGCGCCUGAUUACAAGCCCCAGCCGAAGCAGGAGACCAGAGACACGCAGUUCGACGAGGGUGACCUGCCCGAAGGUGGAGGUGGCGGUGGCAAGAAGGGCAAGGGCGGCAAAGGCGGCAAGGGGAAGAAGGGCAAGAAGUAAUCCGUCCUGAAAUUUCGUCAUGUUAUCAACCGUACGGACGCGGCGCAUGCAUGGUGGUGGGGAGCAUAACGAAACAGCGUGCCGAUGCAGGUACACCAUUCGGCGAUUGUUGUUGACUCGUGUUCUUCAUUCAGAGUGCGCGGUUGCUGGCAUGCGCAGUGUGUAGUGUGUGAACUGUUUCCCACGUGUACCUAAUCUAUAAAUGGUAGGUUUGCCGAAUUUCUCAUCGUCGAAAUGUCUUCUGUCCGGAUUGUGAUGUGUGAGAGCCAUCGUUUUGUUUUUGUUUGUUAUCUCCAACGACAUUUUUGUAAUCUGUAUUUAGUAAACAUGAAACAUGGUUGGAUUUUUUGAA